UUCUGACAUCAAUUAACCUAAUAAACAUUAUAUUCAAGAAUUAUGAGUGAUCCUAAAAUUGUACUAGUCACUGGCUGUGCCAUAGGUGGCAUUGGCUAUGAAUAUUGCAAGGCAUUUGCCGAGAAAAAUUGCCAUGUCUUUGCUUCAGACAUCUCAACAAGGAUGCAAGACAUGAAACAAUUGGAGUCACACAGCAACAUAGAAACACUCGAAAUUGAUGUAUCUUCAGAUCAAAGUGUUAAUUCGGCGGUUUCAACCGUUAUAUCAAAGCGCGGUCGCAUUGAUAUUCUGGUUAACAACGCCGGCAUAGGUAGCACCGGUCCGUUAGCCGAAUUGCCACUCGACGCAAUUCGCAAAGCGUGGGAAAUCAACACGUUGGGACAACUUAGAAUGGUUCAGCAUGUUGUCCCUCACAUGGCUUCUAGCAGGAGUGGGAGAAUAGUCAACGUUGGAAGCAUUGUGGGAACCGUGUCGACGCCUUGGGCCGGAUCUUAUUGCUCGAGCAAGGCAGCUGUUAUCGCCAUGUCGAACAGUUUGCGGCUCGAGCUGCGGCCGUUUGGGAUCGACGUGGUUCUCGUCCUCCCGGGAUCUGUUAGGUCUAAUCUCGGGAGGGCGAAUUUGGAGAGAUUGGGGAACCAAGAUUGGAAGCUUUACAAGGAGUUUAAGGAUGCUAUUGCGGAGAGAGCGAGAGCUUCUCAAGGAGAGAAGGCAACGGAUGGAAGAGUUUUUGCAAGGCAUGUUGUGAACAAAGUUUUGAGGACUAGACCACCAAAACAAAUUGCUUUUGGUCACAUGACUGGCUUGUUUGCUUUGCUUUCUUGGUCUCCCAUUUGGGUUAGAGAUAUGUUUUUUUCUACUCGUUUUGGCCUAAACAGAAAGCUAUAAUAAGGAUUUGAAUCUGUUAUUUAACUUGAGAGAAACCUUUGAUCAAUUUUUACUUCGGUAUCUGGCAUAUUGAUCAAUUGAUCUUGAUUCUAGUACCGAACACUUCCAACAUAGUUGUUCUAUUCAUAAUGAUAAGAUUCAAACGUGGGGUGGGAUGUGCCUCAUCCCACUAAGCCAA